CUGCACAACUGACCAUUGGGCCUGAAUUUGCUGGCUUACUGGACACGGUUUGAGUCAAGAGAUGGCUGUUUCUGACCAAGCGAAAGAAAGGCUUUGUCCUGCGGUGUCUCAGUAUGGGCCGGCCAAUGUGCGAGAUCUUGAACCAGGCAAGAAGAUGAAGUGGUGCACGUGUGGAUUGAGUAAGACGCAACCGUGGUGUGAUGGAGCACACAAAGGAACAGGCUUUAAAUCUCUCAAGUGGAUUGUUCCAGAGAAACCUCAGAGUGUAUACUCCAUCUGCAUGUGCAAGCACACCCAGAAUCCGCCGUUCUGUGAUGCUACCCACACUAACCUCCCCGCAGCAGUGGAACAGACUCAGACCUCUUGCCCUGGUAGGAGUGACCACCACAUGAGAGCGUGCCCAAAACUUUGCACCAAGUGUGGCUGGGUGCCAGACUUUUGACGAUGGGCUAAUUACAUGUACGGCCACCAAUCUUUUAGGAACUUUGACUUUAAACUUGAACAUCCUGAACGUUCCAAAGGUUUCUGUUUAAAGAACAAAAAUUGUUAAAACAGCACAAAUUGAAAUACGGGUUUGUGCAAGUAAAGAUCUCUGAAGUUGACUUUGAGAAAAUCAUUUCAAAAUGUACACAUAUUUAUAAUAAUGGACUAAGAAUUUCACAAUGUUUGGUACACUAGUAUAUCCGAGAUGUUUGAUUAUGAGGUGAAGUUUCAUUUAUUUACACCGAUUUUGUAGAAAUUUUUAACAUCACUGUAAUGCAAAAAAACAAAAAAAUAGUUAUCCAAAUUGAGAGGCUCUCUCAUAAGAGACCUUUUGGUUUGUUUUAUUUCGCCCUAUUUGAUGUGUAAGAACUUCAGGAAUGAGUUGUUUUGGUGAUGGUGUCAUAUGCGCUUCAUGUGACAAUUUUAAUGAUUACAUGUACAUGUACAUUUUGCUCAGUGAGUCACUUCUGGAAAAUAAAUUCAUGAAAUCUGCCCAAUUUAAAGUCCGAAGAACAUAUAGUAACAUUACUUUUGCGUAUAAGCGUACUACGUUACAUGCACUAGAAGUCAUAAAUGUAAGAAAAUAUAAGUAUUAUUAAUAUGUUACUUAAUAUGCAUUACAAUACAUACGUAUUAUUUCUCCCAUCAAACAUGUAUCGGCAAAGACUAUUAGCCCAAAAUAUGGUGAAUAUUAAGAUUUUUACAUGACGUUUUUUGAUAUAAUCAUAACAUAUUUUGUGAAUAAUCAUACUUAUAAUUAUAUC